UUGCCAAACAUGCACCUUAACACCAUUCCUCUUACAAAAUCAACCUAAUGAAGAGAUUGUCAAUUUCAAGUCUCUGUGUUUUGGUGGCGGCGGUGGCGACGAUGGCGCUUCUCACUGGUGCUCCGGUGGCCGAUGCGGUGGACUGCAACCCUUCGGAGCUCAGCCCAUGUCUUCCUGCAAUUACGUCAUCGACACCGCCGACGAGCUCUUGUUGCCAGAAGAUGGUUGAGCAGACGCCGUGCCUUUGCGGAUACUUCAAGAAUCCAGAAUUCAAGCCUUACGUUACUGGCGGCAAACGGGUUGCUGCUGCUUGCGGCCUCACCGUUCCUGAGUGUUAGGGUUGGAGACAGGGUGGGAUGAAUGAAAUAAACAUGGUUAUCUGCCAACUUGAACUGCGUACCUGAAAAUAAAAGCCAAUAUGAAUAAUGAAUAUAUGAUCAUCAAUAAUUUGUUAUGUGUGGAAAUCUUAUAGUGGGAAUGGAACAUAUUAAAAGAGAGUAUGAAUAUACAUAUCUAUCAACAAUUAUGAGCUAAAA